AUGGACAAGUUCUACCAAAGCGGCGUGGGGCACGUGCUCCCGUCUUCCACGACGCCGCGUUCGAGCGGUGGCACUGAUGGACGACUGAGCUUUGAGAUGCAAAAGUUCUUCCAAGCGUACGGCGCAGCAGCGCGUCGGUCCCGUGGGUCCUACGGCGAGAACGGAUCGUAUGGCAGCGGGUCGUCCACUGUGCGGUCGAGCGACUUGAACCAACUGCGACCGAGUGACAUGGGCCCGUGUAUGCGCCGGAGCUUUGCGUCGGCCCGUCGAAGUGGCGAGCACCGGAGCGAUCUUCGACAUAGCUACAUUGCGAGCUCCCGUCGGAGCGACACGAGUCUCAUGUACGGGAACCAGCAGCACCGGUACUCGGGCAAAGUGGCGCGGGUGAGCGACCCGAAUGCGUUCUACCGCCAGGCGUCGGCUGGACCGGCAUAUGCGCCGGAAGCAGAGCGAUCAGAAGACGUUGUGCUGGCUCAUCGCGUCUCGCUUGACGAUGAGCAGCGCGUGAGUUUGCACGCGAUUCUCUAG